AUGGUGGACCCUGCCGGGAACGGAACCGGACAGGCGCCGGCGGACGGAGCUGUUGGAGGCGGGGAGCCGGUGAGCGGGGGUGGCUUGGACGCGGCGGCGGUGCUGAGGCAGGAGUCGCCGCUGUUGCACCUGGAUCUGGACAACUUCAACAGUGCCGAAGCCGAGGGCAGCCGGUACGUGCUGACCAGCCCCCGGUCGCUGGAGGCGUGUGCGAGGUGCGGGGUGAAGCCGGUGGAGUUGCUGCACAAAUCGGUCAACGAGUUCGCCAAGGAAGCCCCGGCCAGGUCGAUGAGGGUGGCGGCUGGUCUCUACGAGGUGUACGAGAAGGAGAGGCGCAGGAAGCUGAGGGACUGCAGGGAGGAACGGGAAAGGAUUAUCAGGCUGGAGAGGAGGAGGAAAUGUGGGCCGGCCAGGAACAGCUUGCCGUCAUCCCCGGCUCCCAUGACUAAAAAGACACCUGCAUUGGAUAUGAGCAGGUGCAAGAGCUACUCAAUGGAGUCUUUGCAGAAGAAGAAGGAUGCCAGCUCCAAUGCAACCUCCUCUGACUCUGGGGCGUCUUCCUCCUUCAGUAGUGACACCUGUAAGGUCAGGAGCCGUUGGCUGAAGGAAAGCCCUAGAGGAAGAGACCUGAUUGGAAUACCAUCUGCCAUUGGGAAGAGCCUCAGCCUUGGGGACCUCUCCCAGUCUCCGCAGACAGCCAAGAAGGUGGCCAAGUUGGCGAAGGAGGUGAAGAGGGGCGGACAUGGAGAAGUGUCUGAGAGGGACAGGAAGAUAGCUGCCCUCAUGCUGGCCAGGCACCAGGAGGAGGCACUGAUGAGCAGCCAGAGCUACCGGGCUCACGUGGAGUGGGAGACGCACAAGAAGAGGGAAGCCACGCGGAGGGAGGUGGAGGAGAGGGAGAGGCAGCGGGCCCUGCUGCAGUGCCACAGGAUGUGGGAGUACAGGCUGGAGGCGCGCAGGGCCAAGAUGAGCCAGGAGCAGAAAGAGGUAGCCUUGCUCAAGGAGCAUCAGUCCAUGCUGCAGGAGGAGAAGUGGAGGUUGCUGGCAGACAGCCAGGAGCAACAGCGGAGAGGCAGGCUAGAGAACGCCAAGCUGGAGGCUCGGGAGAGGAAGAUGCACCAGCAGGAGCAGCUCAGGACCAAGGAGGUGGAGGUGAAGAUGGACCUUGAGUUCAAAGACCAGCUGCUUCACCAGAAGUUAACCCUGGCCAAGCAGAAGAAGGUGGAGAGGGAGGAGAAGCAGCUGCACGAGAAGAAGUUGGCUAACAUGGUGGAGAAGCUGAAGCACGAGGCGGCCUUGAAGGAGAUUGCCAAGGAGAUGGAAAUGGAGAGGAAGAUGCUGAAGAAGAGCUUGGAGCGAAAGCUGGCCAAGUCUCAGGAAAACUACGAGCAGCUGAUGGAAAAGAGGAACCGGCAGCUGAAGGAGAGGGCCAGCCGGGAGGAACUGCAGAUGCAACGGGCACGGAUAGCAUUGGAACAGCAGGAGAAAGAGCACAGGGAGCACCUGGAGAGCCUGGCCCGAGCCACGGAGAAGAAACUGCAGCACGCCACACAGGUGGCUCAGGAGAAGAUCAACCAGAUAUCUCGCAAGGCUGUGCAAAGCAGGACAGAGAAGGAGAGAAUCCACAGACGCAACAAGCUGAAGGUGGAGGAGGAGGAGGAGUAUAAGCGGAGGGAAAUACAGCAUUCAAUAGCCAAGAAGUCAGAAAAGAGCGAGAGGAUCUUCAGAGAGAGACAGAUUGCACUGGAGAACUCUCGCUCGCUGGCCAGAGCGUCCUUCCAAAUCCGGGAUAAGGUGCGGGUGGAAAUAAACACAAGGACCUUUGACAAGAUGGCACUGGAAGCAGAACUACAUGCCCACCUGGACAGAAAGUAG